CCUUGUGGUGCGUUCAAGCGUUCUGGUGGAUGUUAGACUGUUUCGAAAAUAAAAUGUUGUAAGUGAAAAUAAUUCCCCUUCAACAAAAUUUGGAAUCAAGACACACGGAUAAAGGUUUAAGAAAACCUAUUUUCAUCGUCGUUUGAAUCCGGGAACAUUACCACCCAACUUGUCAUGCCUAGUCUCAGAUUUCUUGUGGCGCUUUUGUUUGGACUUCUAUUGGCUUUUGGUAUCCGACCGUCCUCCUCGAUGCCAAUUGAGGGAGAUAGCAAUGAUAUUGACAAAGCAGGAUCAGGUGAUGAUGCUGUAGACGAAGGUACUGAUGACGACGAUAGCGAGGACGAUGACGAAACUAUAAGUGACAAUGACGUCAAGGAAGCUCUUGCUGCUUCAAGCGGGGAACUGAUCGCUAGUGGCCAGGAAAUUAGUGACGCAGAAGCAUCUGGCAGCGAAUCAGAGUUACCUAUUGAAAAAUCAGAUAGUAAAGACAAUGAGGUGGUCCAAGGUGAUGAUGACAAAACGAAAAUCGAUUCAGAGAAACUUGCCAGCGAGCCUCAAAAGGAAGUUAAAGAAGCACAAGCAAUUGAUGAAACUUCUAAAAAAGCUGACAGUGACAGUGUUAAAGAUGAAGAAGAUGGUCAGAAGGGACAAAACGAGGAAGAACAACCUGAAACAGUCGAGGACAUUGAUGCAGAUGUGCCCCCACCACUUGAUAGUGACACGCAAAGAAGUGAUUCCGCUGCUCAAGAAAAUGAAAAUCCCCCUAUAGACGAGACCAAACAAAUGGCCGAGGCGCAGUCAAAAUAUGCUGCCGAUCAGCAACAAGAAAAAGCCUUGGCCUAUCUUGCCAAUACUCGUCAAAGUGGAGUCUUUUCCGCCCCAUCUCAAAGAGCCAUCAUAUGCAAAGACACGAUACAGAAAAUAUCUUGCCCGCCCGAACAUAGGAUAAGGGUGUUAAAUGCUGAUUUUGGUGACAUGGGUGAUGUCGGUUGCCUAAAGGAAAACAAUCCGAUGCCGGUGGGAUUCUGCCGCACUCCUGGAACUUACGAAAAGGUGAAGAAACGGUGUGAUGGUCUGGAGGGCUGUGAUUUGGCUGCGAGUAAUGACUGGUUUGGCGAUGCGUGCCCGGACGCUAACAAGUAUUUGGAUGUCAACUACGACUGCGUGAAUAAUCCGGUGCCUUACCCGGCCCCUCCUGCUGCGGGAUUUAGUCAAGCUAGUUACCAGCCCCCUCCAGCUCCGGCCGCCUAUGCCCCAGCUCCUUAUGCCCAGCCUCCCCCGGCAUAUGCCCCUGGUAUGGGAGUCCCGGAUCUCAUGUCAUCGAGUCCUUACAUGGCUCCACCAGACCCGUGUAGUCCGUGUAACACGUGUGCUCAAUGCUCGUUACCAGUCUGCAGCCCAUGUACUCACACCUGUCAACCUCUGACCUGCGCUCCUCGCAUCCCAGCUAGUUUGCAGCCUCUGUGGCAACAGUGGAAUGAAAGGACUGCAGACAUGAGUCGAAUGGAAAUGGCAGCGCUUAUUAUUUCGCCUCUUCCCAAACUUGCUGCUCCCACAAAAGCACCUGAAUCUGCGCAGGUGUCGGGUGGAGCUGAAGGCUCUGAGUCUGCGUCAGGUGAAACAACUUCUGACCUUGAUGAGGACGCUCUCUAUGAAGCUAGUAAGAGGUCUAAAAUUCAGCAGGUGAAAUCAAAACAGACAGCAAAGAAAGUAACUUUGGCAACGCAUAAAAAAGCUCAUAAGGAUGAUAGUGAGCAAGGCUUUUUGCGAAGCAGUGAUUUCUUGGUUUCGUCGGGAGAUGCAAGCAGCGGCUCAUCUUCAUGAAGUUGGAGGAUAAAAACGUUGCAAAAAAAGUUAUCCCUUUGAGUUGUAACUAGGAAUGUUGCGUGACACCUAAGUGAAACCCCGGUGCGUUACUUAAUUUUAAAGAACUAUUUUUUAAGUCAUGAAAAUAAUUCGGGAGGAAUACAGCAACUAGAAGACUACGAUUUAAGAGGUUUUUAUGAUGUCCUUGAAAAAGUGCAAGUUUGCAAUGACAACAUGAACUUAGAGUAAACACUGUUUUGGAACAGUGGUACUGACUUAGUAACAGAUUUAAUGAUUAUUUUUUUCCCUCUGAAACUUUUCGGCUCACAAUUGUUGGUAGUUUAUAGUAUUUGUAGGACUCUGCAGGAUAUUCUGUCCAGCAGUCAAUAAUAAGUGAUUCUGUUAGCAUAGUCAGUUUUAUAAGCUUUGUAUGGGCUGUCGUGUGCAAUCCAAAUAAGGAAGAAUACUUCAAAAUUUCAGUUCUGAUUAGAGAGGAUCAACUGGAGAUGUCAUUCGCGCGUCAUAAUAAUAAUAAUGAUAAUGCUCGGAUUCUCUCGUGUGUAGUGAUUCCUAAAGAUGUACAUUAACUAAUCAUGUGUCGCAAGUUGUGUUUGGAUAUUCCAUGCAGCGAUUUGUGUUUCUUCAACAAAGGAUUCAAGCGACUCCCUUGUCACGUGCAGCAUGAUCCCUAGGAGAACAGAUACCUCGAAUCUAAAAAUAACUCGAGGGAAUUAACUCUGUAAUGAGUUCUUCUUGGUCUCUUAGCCCGAUGCUCCCCUGAGGUAAUCCUCAGAGAUGAAUAGGUUUUAAUGUAUAGCUUAGUUUUGAAGUGAACAGAACUUGGCGUUACUGGUAAACGUUUGCGACAUUCUGUCAAGAUUCUUUAAAAGUCAACUUAUCAAAACGGAAAUCCAAACAGAGAAAGUGAUGCUUUUAAUUCAACAUUCCCACCCACAUUUCAAUAGAGCUCUUAGAUUUACACCAUAUAGACGUAUUUUUGUACACGAAGGUUCAGAUGUAUCGACAACGUUAACAGUAUGCUAAACUGCUGAAAUUUAGUUCAAUAUUAAAACACAAUCUACAUUUUCGUGUUGGCGAAAGUCUUGUACAUAUAGAUAAUGAGGUUAUAAAAAUGUUGGUCGGAAAACUGUAUUUUUAAUAAUAAAAAAUUAAGAAAAUGUCAA